AUAUAUUAAGCAUUAUAAAAAAUGGCUGACUAGUAGACACUAUUACAUUUGUCAAGCCAAAAUACAGUUGGUGCAACUAAUUGGUACUGAUCCCAAGGAGCUUAUGGUAGUACCUGAGGAUAAACUCAAUCUCAAAUUGGAAUAUGUUAAAGAGUUGAUCGAUUUAUAUGAGAAAUUAGCACCGUGUGAAGUCCGCAUGUUGGGUACAUUUUGUUUUGAGUUGCACUCAGCCAUAGCAGAGCAUACACGUCGAGUGGCAUUGCAGACCACAUUAUCUCCGAAAAACAUGUUGGAGGAAUCCUUACUCUAUGUUGAAAAAUGUAUAAAUUAUUUGCAGCAUGAAUGCGACCUGUUUGUAGAGGGUCACAUCCUUAUACAGGCGAGAAUCAACAGAGACGCUCUAAGAAUGGUGCUAGUAAUGUAAAAAAAGAACGCUCAAUUAUCUUUGUAUUUUUAAUUUAUUAUUUCAUCCUAUUAAAGAAAUUUAAAACUUAUUUUAUUUUCUGGUAAAUAGAUUAAAGGAAGAAAUUGGUAGCUUAGAGUGAAAAGUAGCUAAGUCCACUUUUUUUGAAAACUCAUAUUUUGAUAAAGGAAGCAAGAGAAUUCAAAAAUGCAUAUUUUCGAAAAGGAUUAAGGUACUUCAACGAAAGGCAAAUUUGCUAAGUCCAAAAGAGGCG